AUUGCCCAUUUAUUAGUAUGAGUUGAAGCAUGCAGCUCUGCUUUUUAUAGAGUUUGCACUACUAGUAGUAGUAGGCUGUGUGUGUGUGUGUGUGUGUGUGUGUGUCUCAGCAAAGCACUAAGCAGACUGAAGUGGCAGUGCUGCUGCGAGUGCUGUCCGUGGUACUGAAUGUAAUUGCGCCUUGUGUCAUACAUCGAAACUUUUGUCAUUGGCUGUUCAUGACCGUUGUAGCGAUGUUUUCUCUAACUUUAUCUUGCUAUGGCGUUGCUUUUCAUUAGGGCUAUAAGUUAUCAGUGCCACUGCUGGCAAUUUCGGUGCCCUAAGCGGAAUUGCUUUGUGGUUAAGACAUGACUUAGAGUGCUGUAAGUGUACACAUGUAAGUGUACAUUUUCGUGAGAGGAGCCAUCCUUGUGAAUCGGUGUCCGCAUCUGAAUCAAGCACAUGGGGUCGCUGUAGACCGACACAUGAGGGUUUCCUUCGCAUUAUGAGACUCCUCCCGGUUCGGGGGGUGGGGGAUUUCAUGAGGCUUUGUUAGAGCAAGUCGCCGCAGCAGUAGAACGUGAACACAGGGAGCAGAGAUUUCUUUUAUCGCGAAGAAUGACGGUUGGAUUUAUGUGCGCCCUUAAAUGUUCCUUAUGCUAAGUGAAAAAGGCGAUUUCUUUUCUUUGGAUGUAUUCAUGACCUGACCCAACGGAACGAUGACAAUUUGGAAAGGAACACAACGUUUUGUGACGUUUUUUGUCAUUAUCACGCUGGAGUGUUGGCAAGCGGCAUCAGGGCAACUCUCGUACACGGUCUCAGAGGAGGCGAAAACAGGGACAGCAGUCGGUAAUGUUGCCAAGGAUUUAAACCUAAAUGUCCAGGAACUGGAGUCACGCAUGUUUCAAAUUGUCAGCGGAUCCAACAAAAAGUACUUCGAGGUAAAUUUAAAGACUGGUGUUUUGUUUGUUAAUGAGAGAAUAGACAGAGAGGAGCUCUGCGCUAAACAGUCGAAAUGUACUCUAAGCGUAGAAGCAGUAAUUAACAAUCCUUUGAAACUGUAUCGCUUAGAGAUAAAUAUUGCCGAUGUCAAUGACAAUUCCCCGUCGUUUAGCUCGAAAUCAAAAAUCAUAAACAUUGCCGAAAGCAGUUUACCUGGACUCAGAUUCCACCUCCCCAUUGCAACUGAUGCCGAUGUUGGUAAAAAUAGUGUUAACAAUUAUAGGAUUAGUCCCAAUGAAUAUUUUUCCGUAGAGACAAGUAAAGCAGGAGAGCACAGUUUAUCUGCCGAGUUAGUUCUUCAGAAAGCAGUUGAUCGUGAAAAACUGUCCGUUGUUCCACUCACUUUGACCGCCAUAGAUGGUGGAAACCCACCCAAUUCAGGGACAAUGGAUAUCAGGGUUAUUGUUCUUGAUAAUAAUGAUAAUGCUCCUGUGUUUAGUCGCACGUUAUACAAAGCAAGCGUUGUCGAAAAUGCAUCCGUAGGGACAUUAGUUGUGGUUUUAAAUGCCACAGACGCGGAUGAAGGUAUUAACAGUGAAAUAUUUUAUUCAAUAAGUAAAGGAGAUCAAGAUAACAUAUUGGAGAUGUUUGACCUCGAUUCAAAGACCGGGGCUAUUACAGUGAAGGGCAAUAUAGACUUUGAACAAAAUAGUGCAUUUCAAAUCCGGGCUGAGGCGAGCGACAAAGGUCAGCCUCCCAUGGCGACGCAGUGUAAAGUGCUUGUCGAAGUAAUCGACGUGAACGACAAUGCCCCAGAAAUUACAGUUACCACACUUCUUAACACAGUGAGCGAGGACGCCAAAGCUGGCACCGCGAUUGCACUUGUGUCUAUCCUAGAUAGAGAUAGUGGGAAGAAUGGUAUGGUUCAUUGUUCCAUGUCGAAUAAAGGCCCCUUCAAACUGGAGGGUAACUAUAAAAACUACUACUCAUUGGUUGUAGAUGGCUCUCUAGACAGAGAGAGUGCGGCCCAGUACAACGUCACCAUCACCGCUGUGGAUGAGGGGACUCCGCCCCUCUCCAGCACGAGCGUAAUUACUGUACACGUCUCUGAUGUCAACGACAACGCACCUCGCUUCCCAGAGCCACAUAUUAAUGUUUAUGUUAAAGAGAAUAGUCCAGUUGGGGCCCUUCUAUCAACUUUGUCUGCUUCUGACGGUGAUAUAAAUGAAAAUAGUCACGUUACUUAUUCUGUUUUGAACAACAACGAGCUUCCUUUAACAUCGAUGGUUAAUAUAAAUUCAAUUACAGGAGAUAUACAUGCAGUGAAGUCAUUUAACUACGAAGAACUUAAGUCUUUUCAGUUCAAAGUUGUGGCCACAGACUCUGGUGUCCCUCCACUUAGCAGUAAUGCCACUGUAAAUGUUUUUGUUCUGGAUGAGAAUGACAACAGUCCCAGUAUUCUGCCCCCCUAUUCGGAGCACGGGUCUGUCAAUACAGAAAAUAUUCCCUAUAGUGCUGAAGCUGGAUACUUUGUAGCCAAGGUCAGGGCUGUAGACGCAGACUCUGGAUAUAAUGCACUGCUUUCGUAUCACAUCUCUGAACCUAAAGGAAACAACCUCUUCCGAAUUGGGACCAGCAAUGGGGAGAUCAGGACUAAAAGGCGCAUGAGCGACAAUGAUUUGAAAACGCACCCACUGGUGGUUUCCGUUUCAGAUAACGGAGAGCCUUCACUUUCAGCCACUAUGUCCAUUGAUGUUGUGGUCGCUGAAAACGCUGGAGAAUCGCUGACUCAGUUCCGACACAUCCCAGUAAAGGAGGAGAGUUUUUCUGAUUUAAACCUUUAUUUGCUUAUUGCCAUAGUUUCAGUCUCGCUCAUAUUUUUACUGAGCUUUAUCAGUUUUGUGGCGAUCAAAUGCCACAGGACAGACAGCAGUUUCAGUGGCUACAACCCGCCAAUGAUCACCACACAUCCUGAUGGAACCUGGUCUUACUCCAAAUCUACACAGCAGUAUGACGUGUGCUUUAGCUCCGACACACUGAAGAGUGACGUGGUAGUUUUCCCCGCCCCGUUUCCACCUGCUGAUGCUGAAUUAAUCAGUAUUAAUAGUGGAGACACCUUUCAGCGGACACAGACACUUCCAAAUAAAGAAAAGGUAAGAACUCCUUGAUCGAAUCUUAGCCUAUAUUCAUCACCUUAACAGGAAUCUUGUCAUGUAAAUUGUUUUGAUGAUUGAUCGAAAU